AUGGCAGAAAAAAAAAUUGAUGAUUCUCCUUUUCUUUCAAAAAUGGAAACUUUUGAAAUUUCUGAUAAAAAAAAUAAGGUGUCAAAAAAUGAUAUUAAAGAUGAAUAUAAAAAUUUAGAAAAUGAAUUUAAUUUUGAUGAAGAAAAAGUAGAAAAUGAUGAACAAGAAAAAGAAAAAAUAAAUGGGAAAAAUAAGGAUAAAAGAGAAAUGAAUAUAAGAACUAUUAAAAUUGACAGAAAAAACUUAAAAAAAAUGUUUAGUAGCCAAUUUUUUACCCAAACAUUAACUGAUGAUUCAAGUACUGAUACAGUAAAUGCAUCUAAGUUAAGUAGAAAAUAUUUCAUUUGUGAAUUCUUUAAGAGAUUUUUUAUAAUAUUGUUAUUUUUUAUUACUUCCUUUUAUGCAAUAUUUUAUAUAUAUGACAGUUAUUUUUCAAAAAGACAUAUUUGUAAUAAUUUAGAUUUAUAUAAUUAUAAAUAUGAAAAUGAGGUACGCUUUAUUCAAAGUAUUAGUAAUAAGAAAUAUUAUAUUUUUACAGGAAAAUUUCCUUUUGAUGUUAUAACAUAUAAGUUAAGAAAAGAUGUUUUAAAAAAUAGCAUGAAUGAAGAAUUACAAAAAUAUAACAGAGAUAGACAAACAGAAUUUUAUGAACAAAUCGAAAAUUUAGAUGAUCAUCAAAUUCAGAUUUUGUCUUUUAUAAAAUAUAAUAGUAAAAUGAAAUGUGAGAAAAAAAUUUUUGAUUUAUAUAGCCCAUUUUAUUUGAAAACAACCGAAGCCAAUAUAAAAAAUUAUGAUUAUAUAUCAAGUGAAAUUAAUUAUAAUUUUAUAACAAAUCCCUACAACAUUCCAGAAAAAAAAUUGUAUAUGGAACUUUUGAAUUUUAUAAAGAAAAAUGAAAAUCAAAACAAAAUAUGUUUUAUUACUUCUUAUUUAAAAUCAUUAAAAGAAGACGAUAACUUAAUUAAUAGGAUAUUAAGUGAAAUAAAUUAUACUAACGAUAGCUUCACAGAAGAUGCAAAUGGAAAGGAUGAACAAAAUCAACUUAGUAAAGAUCCACAAAAUAAUAAAAGAUACUUAAAAAAUGGGAAUUUAAAUAGUGAACAAAAAUUAUCGUAUCAAGAUAAUUCAAAUAUUUAUAACAAUAACAAUAAUAAUAAUUUGAAUAGUAACAAUAACAAUAAUAAUAAUAAUAACAAUUUUGGCAAUAAUAAUAACAAUUUUAGUAGUAAUAAUAAUGAUUUUAGUGAUAAUAACAAUAAUAAUAAUAAAAUAUCUACAAAAAAAAAAAUUAUUUUUCUUUAUGAUUCUUAUGAUAAUAAUUUGGUAGAUUUAAUUAUUGCCAUUUAUAAUAUGCAGUAUGGAAAUACAUAUAAUAACUUAAAAGAGCAUUGGGAAGAAUUAAAAAAAAAAUUUAGAAUAAUACAUCCUGAAGAAAUUUAUUUAUUUGAAUGGUAUUGUUUAGCUAUAAAUUACAAUAUAAUAGAAAAUAAUAAUCAAUAUAAGUUAAAUUGUGUUGAUCUUUUAAAAUAA